CUUAAGCUCAAAAGUAUAGAGAAGAAAGAUGAGAACCGUGAGAAGGGAUGCCCUCAAACCGGGUGAUCACAUCUAUUCUGAUAGGAAGUUACGUCUCUACUUUCAUCAUGGCAUAUACGUGGGCGACGACAUGGUGAUUCACCUCAUGGGACCAAGCAAAAUUUACAACAAACCUCCAUGCAAAAAAUGUGGGUUCAAGCCUCAGGCCGGGAUCUUCAAAACCUGCCUCGAUUGCUUCCUGGAAGGUCACUCCCUCUACCGCUAUGAAUACGAUGUCUCCUACUUGAAGUUGGUUUUCAAACGCCGUGGCUCUUGCAGCACUUGGGACUGCAAACCGGCAGAUGAAGUCGUCGAAACAGCCCAUCGUCUGCUUCAAAGCAACAGCUUCGGAAACUACAAUUUUUUCCUCAACAAUUGUGAGGACUUUGCAGUGUAUUGCAAAACGGGUGUGGCAAUGAGCAAUCAAACAGCAGGGUUAUUUGGGCUCAACUUGCUUGGUGUCGUUGGCUAUGCAGCUGCAAAAGGGGUAUACGAGGCCGUGGCUGAUUGAACAUGAACAUGGAGCUCUGCAUAUUUAUGAUAGUGAAAGGCUCAAGGAAAUUAAAUGGGAAAUUUAAGGAACCAAACUUUAUUGUUAGUGGUGUAUAUCUACUCUCUGGAAAUGGUUUCCUUUAGGCUUUACAAUAGUAGUAAAUAAAUUUAAACAGCCAAUCAAACUUGGCAUAUCUACAAUAAUUAAUGGUGUGAAAAAGGCUUGCAAAUUCUUCUCUCUA